AUGCAAAUUUUGUACAGUGCUGGUCGUAUUUUAGAAAGCGAGAAUUCUGUGUUGCAAAAUGAAAUUGACCAUAGAUUAAAUAAUGUUCUCUCUAGGACAAGUGUAUCAAAUAUUGUGAGCACUGAUUGGCCAACAAGGUCACCUGAUGACGUGUGCCUAAAUAAUGGAAUACCCACGACCACGACAUAUAGAUCAGAACAUCUAGCAAGCUCGCAUUUAGAGCAUCCACCAUGCGAAGCUAAUCUUAUCGCUGGGAUUAUUGUCGCUGGAGUUGAUGCGCAAAAUGAGAAUUUUCACGCUAUGCCACUAACUUUUUCCCAAAAUGAGAAUCACAGGCCAAACCUCCCUUUUCUCAUUUUAGAUGAUGAAGGUGAUGGAAAGAAAACAACUGCUAAAGUGGAAGGAUUUGCUACUCUAAUGGAUUCGAAAGAAGCUUUCGACGCGAACAUGCAAACAUUAUUAAAUGAUGGCUUUGUUGAUACCCCAAAUUAUGUCCUUAUAUGA